AUGAAAGCGACAUCUUGUCUUCAAUGUAGAGAGGCCAAGAGGCGGUGUGUAAAGCAGACGAUCGAUUCGCCAUGUAACAACUGUCAGCGCAAGAACCUAGCCUGCUCAUCGCACGUCAGCUCACAAACUACAUCUGCACCCAAAGAAAACCAGGAAUUUGUCCCAGACCUGACCGAUGAGCUGGCUAUCGAGUUUGUCGAGUCUUAUCUGACGCAUCUCGAUGGCAGGGCCCACAGUAUUUUUCACCAAGAAACACUUCGGAGACAAGUUCGCAGAAAGGAGAUUGGAGAUGCCUUGCUCUACGCUAUAUGUGCUUUAGGCUCAAAGUUCUCACCCAAGUCUGAGCAUCGCGCUUUGGAAGUUCCGUUGGUGAAGGGGGCGAAGAGGCUGGUACAAGCAGAUCUUGAGAAUGUGUGUAUUGAGCAUGUGCAGACUUGUAUUCUUUUGUCACUUCUCAGUGCUGGGAACUGCCAUACUUCUUCAGAGACAUUAUUUCUCCGAAUUGCGAUUGGUAUGGCUGAAGUUCUUCAGCUUAACUUUUCGGUGGAUGAGCCAAGUAUUGCCAGUGAGACAGCCCUUAGAAUUUGGUGGUCACUUUACAUACUCGAUCGUUGGUGUUCUUCUGGUCUUGGAAUACCCCGGCACUUGGACAACCCUCGCUGCCCUGACUCGUCUCCUCUGCCUAUCGACGAAACCUCCUUCAGAUGCCUUAGUUCUUCGCGCUUACUCCAAAAUUCUAGUCGAACUCCGGGUAUCUUUGCGCAUAUGGUGACUUUGAUCCAACACUUUGGUCAGAUCCAAGGCCUGAACCGCGCUAUGGCCAAGGGAGACAUGGAACCAAAGGUAAAAUGUGAUGCUAUCAAGCUCAUCGGCCAGAAACUCGAAUCAUGGAAGGCCAGCCUGCCGGAGAACAUGCGGAUGACGAUACAGAAUAUCUACAGCCACCAACAGAACGACCUAGGAGGACACUUUAUCGCGCUUCAUCUGGUAUUUCAUCACCUCUCCGCACUGGUCUACUUCAACUCCCUUGAGACAAAAGAGCAAUCAUACACGGGACAAGAAGAUCACGUCGCGCUGUGUAAAUCCCACGCUUCGUCUUUCAGCAGUUUGUUACACACCUCUCGACAGAUGAAUGGCUGUCAGCAGAACUACCCAACCGUUGGACAUAUGACCACCGUGGCAUCCGCUGUUCUAUUACAUACGCUUUUGUUAGGAGAGCCAGAAGAUAUCCCAAAAGCGCGACAGGAAUUGAACACAAAUUUUGAGGCACUGAUUGAACUUCGGCAGUACUGGCCCGCAACAGAAGCAAUGGUUGAUGACAUUUCAAAAGCUCUGCCUGCUGUCGACGGAAAGCCACAAGUUGGAUGGAUGGAUGGUCAGGUUCUUGCUGGAACAUUCCCUCGGACUAACGAAGAGGAACAUGCCCAUCAUACCACAAACGUUGGACAUUGA